AUGACGACCCCAACCAUUGACACGGCCAUCUGCCCGCACCUGCGAACAACACGCACCGUCCCUAGCCGGCAGCCGGCGGCGCACGACCCGCAAACGUCGUCGGCGCACUGUGCGCGCUGGGCCCCCGGCCAGCAGGUUGUGCUCAUGACUCUCGGCGCGCAGCACGGCCGUCCGGGCCACCUCCCGUCCUCGGUGCUGGACACGCCGCUCGCCCUUGUCGCGCACGGCGGUCCGGGGACAUAUGACGUCGGGACAUCGACAGACGCUGCCGGGCGCGAGGCGCGGACGGUGCUCGCGUACUGGCCGUCGCGCGCGGCGUUUGCCACCUGGCGCUCGGCGUCGGGCUUCGAUACGUGGUGGAACGACGCGGCGCGCGAAGUCGAGCCGGGCGGGUAUGGGUGGUUUCUCGAAGUGGUCGCGCCGACCGACGACCGGAUGGAGGCGCUCCUCGGGUCUGCGGCGGGGCUGCGCGAGGGCGCGGCGCGGCUGGCACCGCAUGCGAGUGGACCGGUCCGCGAGGCAGGGUACUGGGGCGCGUCGCGGGACCGCCUUGGGAUCGCGCAGACGGACGCGGUGGCGGGCCUGGAGUGGUGUGGCGACACGGAGCGGGCCAAGGACGACCGAGACGACAACGCGUCUGGUGUGCGCGUCAAAGUGCGCACGCGGCGCAACCUCUGCUUCACCCGCUCGGGGCAGGACUGGACAGGUGCCGACGACGACGAGCGCGCGCUCUACCUGUCCACCUUGCACCUGGCCCUACAGCGCGCCAUGGACAAGCUCCGCGACAGCCCCAAGAUGGGCUGUUACUCGGCAAGGUUUGUGCGGCAGCUCGCGCCGCCGUCGCCCGGCAGCAACGAGUGGACGGAGCAAGACAAGACGUAUGGCCUGGCGUACUUUGACGACUUGGCCAGUCUGGAGGCGUGGGCCGCCGCCGAGCCGACCCAUCUAGAGCUCUUCCACGGCCUGAGCGACUAUGCCACCCAGCUCAAGGGCAACAAGAAGCUCCAGUUGUGGCACGAAAUCUUCAUCCUCACGCCCGACCAACAGGAGUAUGAGUAUAUCAACUGCCCUCCUGGCACAGGCAUGCUCGCUUCGUUGUAG